AUGGUCAACAUCAAAAACACCGUAUGUCUCUUGGGAGUCGCUUCCCUCGGUACUUCUGUGGCCGUCGGUACUACCAAAUUUGAUGUGGAUGCAGUAGUCUGGAAGAUGACAGAAUUCUGCAUCAACUACUAUACAAUCGGCUUUGGUGACACUUGCUGGGACAUAAUCUCGCGCAACCAGAACAAAUUCACCAUGAGACAGCUCCUGUGCUGGAACACCGACAUCAAUCCCUGGUGCUCCAACCUCAUCCCCGGGCGGCAGGUUUGCAUUGGGGUUGAUGUCCCUGGCCCUGUCUGCUAG